CUGAGAUUGUUAAAAGUUCUGCAGGCAUUUUAACUUUUGUUGUCUUGACCCUAAAAUCAGAUUUUUGGCAUUUGGAAUUUCUUGACGUGAGAGAUAUGGAUCGUUCCGUUUGAUAUCUACAGCGCAACACGAGGCCUGCACUGGGCAAUUUUUAUCUGCACUUGAAAUGAUUUAAGUGAAUGUUUGGGGCGGGUUUUUCUUGGAGUGGGCGGCCUUUGGAGAGCUUUUGGGCUGGAAAUCGUCACCCGAAUCUGGUAACGCUGACAGCAUUUCCGAUUUUGCCAGAGUCACGUGAUCCAGCUAAAGCGCCAAACUUUGAACCCGCGCGUUCGCUGACGAUUAAUUCGAUAAAACAUGACGCAGAACAACAUACCUAUAAUUAUUUUGAGCGACGAAGAUGAUGAUGAAGGUGACUUCUUAAGGAGCCACAACGAUUCCUCGGUGCUGAUCGUUGAAAAUGACAGGAACGAACCAGAUGUAUCUAAACAUAUUGAGGAGUUGGAUGAAGACUUGGCCAUCACAUACUCCCAGACUGCAACAGUGCUUCCACAUGCAAGAUAUGACUGCACCCUGGCAUUCUGUCGAGCAGAGCAGGACAUUUCAGGACCUCUACAAGAUAAUGCAAAGCACUGUGAUCAGUGUUUCUGCUACAUCUGUGACAAACUGGCAUCCAUGUGUGAGCUCUGGACCAUCCCUGGGAUUUGCCACUGUAAUGCCCAUAAGCACAGCGUCUACUGGAAGGCUCUUCGUGAUAAGAGUCUGAUGGGAUAUCUGCAUGAGUUGAACUUCACCUUUGACCCACUGGAUAUGGAUGCAGACCUACGACGUGCAGAAACUUCACUGCAGAAAUUUGCUGGUAGUUUGGCAAUGAAGUAUGCAACUUUUUUGUUGGGGUUUGAGAAUCCCAACACUUCAACGGGCUGUCGGUGCACGUGCCACCGCAACAUUACCAGCACUACACCGAGUCAAACCAUCGGAUGUAAAGGAUGCUAUAAACAUCACUUUAAGAUGCUGGAGUAUGAUUACACUGUUGUGAGUCAACAUAUCAAAAUGUUUUUGAAUGAAGCAAAGAAAGAGAACCCAAAGGCAUGUGUUGUGAUGCUUUUAGGGGCUAUUAAGCUUUUCGUCAACCACACGACUCCUGGAAAUAUACACGCUGCUAACACUGUAUCUGAAACUGUGUCAAUGCUCCUGUGGAGAUUCAUGACAAAGGUGUGGACGCUUUUAGUUGGCUUUGAUUUUUCAGGCUCCUUUAUAAAGCAGCUGGAGUCUUUCUACCAGAAGCUUCCUCUGCCUCCAAACUGCACAUUGCCAAAUAGUCUGAGUGUGCUACCUUGGGAUGACCCCUUGCUCUCUGCCGUGAUGAAAGGGCAAAACAUCACAGGAGAGAGACAGGGCAAAGGUCGGAGGCAUCAAGUCUUGUGUGAACCUCUGGUCGUGGUUCAAGCGAGAGUCUGUAAACUUCAGCAACAAAACAAGUACCGUGAGCUGGCUCGCUAUCUCAAAGUUGUCAAAAGCAUCAAUAAUCCCACGCUGCAGAGAAUGAAAGAUCUGGUUCCCCUCUACCUCUGCAAGGAUGGUGACUACAUUGGUGCAGUCUCCCAUAUGUUAUCACCAUUGCCUGGAGCCACGUGCCUCGCCUCCCGUCUCACACCUCAGCAGUUCAGAGCUUAUCUCAGAAUUCUCACAUCAGGCCACACUCCUGUUGUGGCACAAGAACUUGAUACGGGAAAUGGCCAUAUGAUCAUACCUGAUCCUUUACUGAGCGCUAAGUGGACACCCAUCGAAGGUUCAAAUUCGUUCAAGAUGAUGGAGGUACUGAAGUUUGCACUAAGGGUUCUGGACUGUAACUGCACUGUUUUUGCUGAUUCAGAAACAUGGGUGUAUCUGCUCAGCGUUGUUAGUUCCAGUUACACUACUCCAGAUGGUGUUCCUGUUGGUGCAUUCUUUGCCGAGCCUGACAUCACCUAUCAAAAGGUGACCAGAGAUGCUGCCAGUGCAAUUCUUGAGGAGCUGACGACGACUUCCCGUAUACAGAUCCCCAAAACCUUUGAGAGUGGUUAUCCUGACCAGGCUAGACUGCUGUUGGCCACUCAGGCUUUGGUACUGCGCAUUUUCCACUCACAGCUCAGGCCCAUCCUCAGCGUCGUCCUGGCAUUUAGGUUCAACCGCUGGGCGCUCCGUUGGUUUUUCUACAGUCUUCUGGUGAGGCCAGAUGUGCUGCACUACCUCUUUUGCUGUCUUGUGGAGGAACUGUCUGACGAGCGAUACCAACUCCUACAGAGAAAAUGGAGUGAAACGGAGCAUUCCCUGGUUGCGUACUUCCUCUGCAUGUUCUUCUGGGAAAGCAGUGUGGUUCUGGACCUGAACACCUAUCCCACCAAUAGCUUGCUUGCCACUUGGAAUGAAUCGCACAACCCUUGGCAACUAAGCCUGAAACUGUAUCUUGAAUGCAACGUGGCCAAACUUACAGCAGAAAAGCGUCAAAUCCUGCAUCAAAUUCAACAGCAAGGAAAAUAAGUCUGACCAACAUCCUGUUUCCUGUUUUAAAACCAAAUAGUUUUAAUGUACAUACAGAGUGGAUUUAAUGUUAUCAAAGAUAAGUGGUGGUUCAGAUUUUUUUCCCCCCUAUUGUCCAGACUGGGACCGGUAUUUAGCAACAUUAUGUGCAAUUACAGGACUGUGUAUCCGGAGAAUACAAACUGUUAUAUUCAGCAACACAACAGUAUACAUUUUUUUUUUUUUUUGAACAUUAGCUGUAAUGUAAAUAAAUGACAGAGUUUCAAAUGCAAAACUGAUAUAAAGCUGUUCAAUUUUGCUUUGCUGUAAAACACUUAAGGUUAUAAACUGAUAUUUCUCUGGCAUCUUUGCACACAAGAUUAAAUAUUCACUUAAACUACCUUUGUUAACAAGAUAUCAAAGCAUGCUGAAAAUGUAAAUAUAUGGUUAUUGCUGGGCAAAAGCUAAUUUUCAUUUGAAGGCAAUAAAAGCUAAGCAUAACUACUGUACAGUAACAAAUCGUUGGCUAGUUUAUGCAUGAAUGA